AUGCCACCAGUGGCUGGGAGACAAGGCUGGGAAUGGAAGUCCUACAGCCCCGUGGUGGGCAGGGCGCUGGGGGGGGGUCAGGCUGGGGCCCUGCUGAGGCUCACUUCUCCGACACAGGCUGGAGCCUCAGCCCAAGCAGCUGGCGGGGGGCCCGGGGCCGGAAGGUGCCCCCAGCCACUGCCACCGCCACCGUCAGAGGAGGAACGCAGGGAGGGGCUUGUGGAGCUGCACGCGUCCUUCAGGGAGCUGGUCACCUUCUUCUGCACCAACGCCACCAUCCACGGCACCAUCCGCCUCGUCUGCUCCAGCCAGAACCGCCUCAAGACUGCGACCUGGGCACUGCUGCUCGCGGGCGCUCUGGGUGUGCUCUACUGGCAGUUCGGGCUCCUCUUCCAGCAGUACUGGCGCUACCCAGUGGUCAUGGCGGUGUCAGUGCACUCGGAGCGAAAGCUCUUCCCAUCGGUCACCCUGUGUGACAUGAACCCACAUAGACCGCGGCCGGCCCGCCGCCAUCUGCGGGCGCUGGACGACUUUGCCCGGGAGAACAUCUACUCCCUUUAUGGGUUCAACUUCAGCGAGAGCGAGGAGGACCCCGGGGCCGAGGCCCCGGGCUUCGAGCCUGCCUUCCAGCUGGACCGCGGGAUCCGCCUGCAGAGGCUGAGCCCCCUCGGCGGCCAGAACAGGGUGGGCUUCCGACUGUGUAACCGCACCGGCGGCGACUGCGUGCACCGAGCCUACUCCUCCGGCGUGACGGCCGCGCAGGAGUGGUACCGCUUCCACUACGUGAACAUCCUGGCCCUGCUGCCCAACGCCCCCGAGGACAGCCACCGCAGCCACGGCGGUCACUUGGUCUCCUCCUGCCGCUACGACGGCCAGGACUGCCAGGCCGGGCACUUCCAGACGUCCCACCACCCCACCUACGGCAGCUGCUACACCUUCCACGGUAUCUGGGCCGCGCAGCACCCAGGCAUCACCCACGGGAUCAGCCUGGUCCUCAGGGCUGAGCUGCAGGACCACCUCCCUCUACUGUUCACGGAGGCCGGGAUCAAGGUGCUGAUCCACAGGCAUGACCAGACACCCUUCCUGGAGCACCAGGGCUUCAGUAUCCGGCCGGGGACAGAGACCACCAUUGGCAUCCGAGAGGACGAGGUGCACCGGCUUGGGAGCCCCUAUGGGCACUGCACCCACAGCGCAGGCAGCGUGGACGUGCGUCUGCUGUACGAGGCCUCCUACACCAAGCAGGCCUGCCUGGUCUCCUGCUUCCAACAGCUGAUGGUGGACACCUGCUCCUGCGGCUACUACCUCUACCCCCUGCCGGCAGGGGCUGAGUACUGCAGCUACACGCGGCACCCGGCCUGGGGCCACUGCUUCUACCGCCUCUAUCAGGACCUGGAGACCCACCGGCUUCCCUGCGCCUCUCGCUGCCCCAGGCCUUGCAGGGAGUCCUCCUACAAGCUCACUGCCGGGGUCUCCAGGUGGCCUUCCUCCAAGUCAGCCGACUGGAUCCCGGCUGUGCUGGACAGGCCAGGUGGCCGCCGGAGCCCCAGCCCCAGGAGCAGACUUGCCAAGGUGAACAUCUUCUACCGGGAGCUCAACUACCGCACGGUGGACGAGAUGCCUGUUUACUCGGUGCCACAGCUGCUCUCGGCCAUGGGCAGCCUCUGGAGCCUGUGGUUCGGUUCCUCCGUCCUCUCUGUCCUGGAGGUGCUGGAGCUGCUGCUAGACGCCACGGCCCUCACCCUGCUGCUGUGCUGCCGCCAGCUCCACAGGGCUCGGGGCCAGCCGGGUGCAGCCCCAGGGGAGCCCACUCCAAGCGAGAGACCAACCUGUUGCCCGGCAGCUGCAGGCAUGACAUCAAAUGCCCAAGGGCCUAGCUGGCCCCGCUUCCCGUGACGCUGCUGGGGCCCCCGCAGAAACCUCACCUAGAGUUCAGCCAAGCUGAACUGGGGGCCCGCGAUGCCUGACACCUGAGCCGGGACGAAACGGGUCUGAUCCGGAGUGCCGUGGCUGCAGUGGGCUCUCCGGGCUGUCCCGGGUGGCCAGCCCCAGGGGACCUCCCCCGGCCAGCCAAGCCAAACCCAGGACACGGGAAGUAGCAGUUCAGGAGCCCGAGGGCAGGCAGGCACCUGGACCCCCAGCACAUCGGGGCCUCUCUUUAGCCCAGCCACCCUGCCCAGUGGCGGCCCCACAAGUCUCCAGGAGGCCCAGGGCAGGGAGGAAGUGCCUCCACCACACCGGGGUCCCACGCUCCAGGCGAUACAGAACAUCUGCCAUGAGUAUGAGUGCAUGUGCAUGCGCGCAGGGGGCAGGGAGGCCCCCACGUGGCAGUGUGUCUGUGUCUGGUGUCGGUGUCACACAUCUGUCUACACCUAUGUGCAAGUGUGCACAAGCAUCAGGCCAUGGGAGGAAGGGAAGAGCAGGGCUGGGCAUCCGGUGACCUUGGGCUGCUCUGCAAUAAAAUGUGUGAUUCCACCUCAUGCCGAGUGUGUCCCUGCUGCCCUCCCUCCCGAGGGAGCAGAACACGUCAGCCUGCGCCUCCACAUCCUUGGAUCCACUGCCGUGCUGUUGGGCCUGGGGGACAGGACGCAGGGCCAGGGUUUGCCCGGGGCACAGGGCCGGAUCCAGACCAUCCUUGCCAGUCGGUGUCCAUCCCAGAAAAGGGCAGAGGAGCCUGGGAGCGGGCGUUGGGGGUAUCAGGGGUUGUUUGUCUUUUUGUCUUUGUUUUUCUUUUU